CACGAAGUAUAGGAAGCUUCAACAUAUUGUUACUGUGAUCAGCAGUUUGUCAGUCAUUUCUCUUAUCUAAAACCUGUAAUUGGCGAUUGUAAGGACAUGAUUUAAACCUUAUAUUACAUGAGAUGGAUUUAGUUCACAAAAACACAUUGAACUGCGACCAAGGAGCCGUCAGAGCGGUACGCUACAACGUGGAUGGUUCCUACUGCCUUACCUGUGGCUCUGACAAGAAGAUCAAACUUUGGAAUGCUCUCAAUGGUUUGUUACUGAAAACCUACGGUGGACAUGCAGGAGAAGUAAUGGAUGCGGCAGGUAGCUGCGACAGCAGCUUUAUAGUAUCCGGAUCAACGGACAAAAGUAUUAUUUAUUGGGACGUUUCAACAGGACUGCCAGUUCGUCGCUUGCGAGGCCACGCCGGAGCAGUCAACUGUGUUAAAUUCAACGAGGAUUCGUCGAUCGCCGUUUCAGGUUCGACCGAUAAUACUGUAUCGUGCUGGGACGUUCGAACCCGAAAAUUGGAAGCACUGCAAACUAUGCGAGAAGCAAAAGAUUGUAUUACCUCAUUGAUCGUAACGGAGCACAAGAUUAUCAGUGGAUCAUUGGAUGGAUCCAUUCGGCAGUACGACUUACGAGCCGGGGAACUAACAUGCGACACGAUUGGCGUUCCUAUUACUCACAUCAUUCAAACGAAGGACGGACAGUGUAUAUUAGCAGCUUGCAUGGAUAGUACAAUUCGGUUGAUUGAUAGUGAUUCCGGAGAACUUCUGUCCGAAUACAAGGGACACAAAACGGAAGAUUAUCACAUCGAGUGCGGUGUGAUUCAGAGCGAUUCUAAUAUAAUAUCAGGUUCUUCGGAGGGUUGUGCUCUUAUUUGGGACCUACUGGAAGGUACCGAGUUGCGUAGGCUACAGAUGAACUCCGGGGUGGUUCACUCGCUAUCAACACAUCCAACGGGGACUGAUAUACUAUUUGCCAUUAAAGGAAGAAUCGAAGUUUGGGGACAUCCUUCGGAAGAAAUGGAACUGAAUGACUAAUAUAUACA